GGCGAGGAUAAAGCAAGAUGGCGUCUGACGGUGAAGACGUUAUUGCAGUCGUCACAGUUCAGUGUUCUUAAUCUGUGCGUCCAUGUACACAUAUAUGUCCUUUAUCACUAUUAAAUAGAGUAAACAUCGUUAAUAACUGUUUGCAUCCGGUUAUAUUAGUCUGAGCGCACUUUGACGCUUCUCGGGCUAGCUUAGCUUGCUAGUUAGCUUAGCGUGUUAGCUGCUAACAAAGAGAGGCGGAAGUGAUGAAAACACAUCGCUAAGCAGAGAUCAAGUGUGAGUGUAAAGUGUUGUGAUUGUGUGAAAAUGUGCGAAAGAACGAUAGCAGAGUACGAGGAGGAACUUUGUCCAACAAAAGAGGAGAAGGAGCGACAACAUGAAAAACAUCAAGUUGUGUUACACAGAACAGACAUUCAUCAGCUGAUUGGACACCAAGAAGAAUGUCUCCCUCAUCUGCAGGGGGACAGUUUCACUUUAGAGGAUACACAGCUCUCACACUUUAAAGGGGACGAGGAGGAUCCACAGCCCCCUUAUUUUAAAGAGGAAGAGGAGGGAGAGUGUCCUGUAGGGCAGGAGGAGGCUGAUCUCACCAAGUUUCCACUGACUGUUGUCUCUGUGAAGACUGAAGAGCAUGAAGACAAAGCACCUGAGUCCUCACAGCUUCAUCACAGUCCAAACGUCUGUGAAAAAUAUCGUCCACCUGAGCAGCAGGAGGGGUCCUCCAGUGUGGAGCAGAAGAGGUCACAGCACCUCCACGUGAAAGAAGAGGAGCCACAGCCCCCCCACUUUAAGGAUGAAGAAAAACAGCGGCUGUCCCCCCACUUCAUAGAGGAAGACAAGAGACACCUCAUCAGUGUGAAGAGUGAAGAUGAUGAGGUCAAAGGUGAGAGUGAACAGAAGUGGAGCUUCAGGAUGCGGAUGGAGGAGCCACAGCCCUCCCACAUUAAGAAGGAAGAGGAAUACCCACUGAUCCCCCAUUUUAAAAAGGAAGCGGAGGACCCACUGACACCCCAUUUUAAAGAGGAAGCGGUGGAUCCACUGACCCCUCACAUUAAAGAGGAAGAGGAGGAACACAGCAUCAGUCAGCAGGGAGAGCAUCUUGAAGGACUGGAGGAGGUUGAUGUCACCAAGAUGCCAGUGACUGGUGUCCCUGUGAAGAGUGAAGGUGAUGAGGUCAAAGGUGAGAGUGAGGAGAAGAGAGAGGCGGAGCCUCCAAGCAGCAGCUCAACUCAACACAUGACAACAGAAGCUGAUGGAGACCACUGUGGAGGAUCACAAGCAGACAAGCUCUUAGCUCCACUAUCAGAUAGUGAGGACACAACGUCACACUCUCCUGACACUGAUGAUGAAGACUCUAAAGAUGAUAAGACAUGUCACACUGACAACACACACGUCACAUGUUCUCUCUGUGACAAAACUUUUAAAUACCAUUGUCAUCUGAAAAGACACAUGAGAACACACACUGGAGAAAAACCUUUUUCCUGCUCAGAAUGUGGUAAAAGCUUUGUAACAAAUGGAAAUUUGAAAUUACACAUGAGAACACACACUGGAGGGAAACCUUUUUCGUGUUCAAUCUGCAGUAAAGAUUUUAGUCAAAGGCAAUAUUUGAAAACACACAUGAAAAUACACACUGGAGAAAAACCUUAUUCCUGCUCAGAAUGUGGUAAAAGUUUUGUAAUAAAUCAAAGUUUAAAAAUACACAUGAGAACACACACUGGAGAAAAACCUUUUUCAUGUUCAGUCUGCGGUAAAGAUUUUACUCAAAGGCAACAUUUCAAAGCACACAUGAGAAUACACACUGGAGAAAAACCUUUUUCAUGUUCAAUCUGCUGUAAAGAUCUUACGAGAAGGGACCAUUUCAAAGCGCACAUGAGAAUACACACUGGAGAAAAACCUUUUUCCUGCUCAGAAUGUGGUAAAAGUUUUGUAAUAAAUCAAAGUUUAAAGGCACACAUGAGAAUACACACUGGAGAAAAACCUUUUUCCUGUUUAGAAUGUGGUAAAAGUUUUGUAAUAAAUCAAAGUUUAAAAGUGCACAUGAGAACACACAUUGGUGAAAAACUUUUUAUAUGUUCAGUAUGUGGUAAAAGUUAUAAAGAAAGACAGCAGUUAAAAUCACACAUGAGAACGCACUCUGGUGAAAAACCAUACUCCUGUUCAAGCUGCCACAAAAGCUUUCGUCACCUAGAAACUCUUACAGUACACAUGAGAACACACACAGGAGAGAAAGUGUUGAGUUGCAGUGUGUGUGGUGAAAGAUUCUCCUAUAAGUACCAGUGUAAGAAACACAAGUGUGCUGGUGAGAACAGCAGCAGCAAAUGAAGAUGCAGGAUUUGAAAUAAACUGUCAAAACUUUAACUUUGACUUUCUAACAACAUCAGCACAUAUAACAUGUGUGACAUCAUUGUUGUGUGUGUAACACAAUGUAUGAUUUUAACAUUUCUAGAUUAGACCAUUGGUUCCCAACCUUUUUGUAACUGCGGACCGGUCAACAGGGGGUUGUUUUGUUUUGUUUUUGUCAUAAAAAAAAUACAAUCAUGUGUGCUUACGAGCUGUAUCCCUGCCUGCAGACUGUAUUGAUAUAUAUUGAUAUAUAAUGUAGGAACCAGAAAUAUUAAUAACAGAAUAAAACAACCCUUUUGUGUGAAUGAGUGUAAAUGGGGAAGGGAGGUUUUUUGGGUUGGUGCACUAAUUGUAAGUGUAUCUUGUGUUUUUUAUGUUGAUUUAAUAAAAAGAAAAUAUAUAUUAUUUAUUUAUUUAUUUUUCCCCCCUUGUGCGGCCCGGUGGUUGGGUACCACUGAAUUAGACACUUCAAAUUAGUGCCUUUAUUUCAGUCAAGUACAUGAGUUAAUAUACACAUUUGUGUACUUUAAAAUGAACAGAACAAUUUGACUGAAAAGGUGAGAAUAAACAGUACAUAAAAUAUGUUACAUACAAUAAACAUUUUAAGUGUAGAUAUUCAUAAUUCACUUUUAUACUUAUUCAUGAUAGUGUUUUAUAUAUGUUUUUUUAAAUAAUGAAGUGUUACAUAUUUUAUUUUCUAAUUUUAGAUGAUUCCAUAGAUGAACUCCUUUAUAUGAUGUACAUAUUUGUUUUACAUGUGUUCAUACCUUUGCUUUUGAGUACACAUAAAUCCCUCUUAGUUCAUAUUUACUGGUUCACAUCUGAAACAUCUUCUGGACCACUUCUGGAAGCAUAUUAUUAUUUACUUUAUACAU